UCCAGCCGACCAGACGGGGCAGCGAUGCUAGUAGCUUUCUAUGAGCCUUGUUUGCCUGAAAAACCAGCUUUUGGGCAGCGCGCACGACCGCACGACUGCCCCGGCAGACAAAACAGGAAGCGCAGACCCUUCACCAUGGGCAACGGCGCCUCCUGCGGCGAGAACGCCCGCGACGUCGGCGCCGACGAGGAGCUCAACCCCUUGUUUGUGGGGGACGCCGACAAGGAGAACAACUACCGGCGGCCCAGCGUGCCCCACGUCCAGGCCGUGCGCGUCCAGUGUCCCCUCAAGCCACCGCGCGCCUUUUCCGCCGCCGCCGCGCGUCCCUAAAAAAAAACACUGCCGCGCCUUCCGCCGCAGGAGCGCCUCAAGCGCAAGUCCGCUUUGAUAAGAGCGUCCAUGCGCCAGGACGACAAGAAGGCCAUGGCCCAGCACGUCGCCGUUUUGAGGGCGGGUCCCAAAGCCGGCGCGGAGCCGCCGCGCGCCGGCACCACCAAGUCUACGUAUCAUGCCCCUCCAACCCAGGAGGGCUGGCUCGCCUGGGCCACGCCCAACGGGAGCACGCGGCGCUACUACCGCCUCGUCGGAAGUUAUCUGGUCCGGUACGCGGACGAGGAGGCCGCGCGCGGUGCGUCCCUCGGCGUCGAUGGCGUCUUCAUGGUCUCGAGAGAGUCUACGCGUCUCGCGGUCGCGUCGAUGGCGUCGACGCGGACGCGACGCCUCGACGCCGUCGACGCGUCUCGUGAGAGCAGUGGCGCGGUCGCCGCGCCGCCGUCUUCAUGAUGAUCACUCUACACACACGCAGGCGCGGCGACCUUCGCGGCCUACGCCCACGGCACGGAAGCCCUGAUAUCGGGCAACGUCGACCGCGACUUCGUCGCCGACCUCGAGAACCGGGGCUCGUCCUUCUACGUGUAUACUCCUACCAGAACGCUCACCUUAUAUGCUCCGGACUUGGAAGCCCAGCGCGCCUGGGUCGCUGCGCUCAGAGCGGCCGGCGAGCAGGUGUACGACGCCGAAGAACUCAAGGCCAAGGCCACGGCCCUCCAGGAGAUGGCUCCCUUAUUAUUAGAUCAGGCCCAGCGCCAGUUCAAGCGCAUGCACCAGAUCCUGGCCUCCCUGAAGUGCACGGGCUACGUCGUGCAGGACGAGCGCGUCAAGUCGCUCAAGAAGGGCUACCUCGAGUUCCAGCGCGCUCGCGGCGUCCCGUCGUGUUGGGGUGUCUUCACUUCCUUAGAUGGACUCGUGGCCAUCGCACGAUGCCGGGGGUCGUUUCUUUUUCGAGUUUGAGGCCAUUAGCGACCGAGAUGCUCCGCGCAGGCGCGCCGAGUACGAGGACGAGCAGUUCUACGGCAAGCUGCUCGAGGAUUCUUCUACGAGUGAACCGCGCUUCGCCAAGGCCUACUGCGUGUUACGGAGCGACCAGACGUUAGUUUAUGGGUCGUCCGAAAAAGAAGCCAAGGCCAACCCGGAAGGCGUCGUGUCGCUGAACCAUCUGCAUGUUGUGCUAGAUGCGGAUGCUAUUGAGAAGAGUGGUGAUAUGGUCUUCUCGCUGGUGACGCCGUUGCGGACGUUCGUCGUGCGGGCGGCCCACCAAGUAGCCCUAGAAGAGUGGUUGAAAGCCAUCAUUCGGUCGACGGCGAAGUUGGACGACAAGGGCAACACGCUGCAAGCCCUCAACGAGCUCCAGGAGAUGGACGCGACGGAAGGUGUCGAUCUCGCCUCGCUCAUCGACGACGACAGUGGCCUCGACGCCUUCGAAAGGUUUGUGGCUUCGUUAGAGGACAAGAAGACGAAGGACGUCUUCGCGUGUUGGCGGCUCUGCAGAGAACACAAGGACGCGUCGGAAUUUGAUCCGUUGGAGUUCGCCGAUACUUCGGUACUGGUCAAGCAGCUCGAAAAAAGGUUAGUAGAGGACUUCCUGGAGGACGGCGGUAGAUUACCUUCUGAGAUUGCUGUCGAUGCUCGAAAGGAGUGUAUUGCUGCUAUGUACCCCCACGGCGAGAAGGCUUUACCGGUGAACGAAGUGCGCGCCGCAUGUGUCGCGGAACUCCACGCGCUAGCCUAUGACCAGUUCAAGACCACCCAAGACUACAAGGAGUACUGCCUCUCGAAAAAAGAUCUCGGUGAACCUGUUGAGGAAGGUGAGAGAGUGUUGAUCUACACGCCCAAGGAUCCCGCUGCAUUAAAAGAACGGCUCGCGAAGAUGCCCAAGUGUUCUACGAAGUUGAAAGCGCUAGAUGCGAUCAAGAACGGCUCCGGGAAAAGGGUGUAUGAGGCCUGGACUUCGUUAAAACAUUCUACGGAGAAGACCGAACGCGUCAUGAUCGGUAGGGACCACAAGUGCGACGUCGCCGUCGACGACGACAAGCGCGUCUCGCGCGAACACGCGCGCAUCGAUUCGCUCAAGGACGGCCGCGUCGUGUUCCUGGAUCUUGGAAGUUCGCACGGCUCGAAGGUGAACGGCAAGACGGUCUCUGGUAGAGUGUUCUUGAAUGCUGGAGACGUCGUCCACGUCGGCAAGACGGACAUGGUCUUCACCGUGAUUCCUUCUGGUACGGCGAACCCGCUCCGCUAG